GGACUUUUUCACCCGACAUGCCUGCUUCCAGGGCGGCAGCCCGCGGCGGGAGCCGGGCGGCUCACGGAAGGAGCCUGCCGGAGCUCGGGCUGCUGCUGCUGGUGAUGUUCGUGCUGCUGCAGGGUUCCGUGCUUCCUCUGGGAGCUGCCAGCUCUCCGGACACGACCGGCGACGUCAAGAAAGACGAGAGAACCCACACGCAGGAAGCCGGGCACAACARCACGAAAAAGCCUUUCCCGGUGCUCAGCCUGGAGUACGGCCAUGUGAAGAUCCCCUUUGAAAUCUCGCUGUGGGUGCUUCUCGCCUCGCUGAUGAAAUUAGGUUUCCAUUUGAUUCCUCGCCUGUCGGGUAUUGUUCCAGAGAGCUGCCUGCUGAUUGUCGUUGGCCUACUGGUCGGGGGUCUUAUUAAAAUGGCCGGAGAAAAAGUCCCCCCAGUGUUGGACUCCAAAUGGUUCUUUCUCUGCUUGUUGCCCCCCAUCAUCCUGGAUGCUGGCUACUUCCUGCCCAUCCGACCCUUCAUGGAAAAUCUGGGCACAAUCCUCAUGUUUGCUGUYGUGGGGACUCUGUGGAACGCCUUCUUUGUUGGAGGCCUGCUGUUUGCCGUUUGCCAGAUCCCACAAGCUGACCUGCUGUCUGUAGGCCUUCUGCCUUGUCUGCUGUUYGGCUCCAUCAUCUCAGCUGUGGAUCCAGUUGCUGUACUCGCUGUUUUUGAGGAGAUUCAUAUAAAUGAGCUGUUGCACAUCCUGGUGUUUGGUGAAUCACUGCUCAAUGAUGCUGUAACUGUGGUUUUGUACCACCUUUUCGAGGAGUUUGCCGUCGAUGGCUCAGUGACUGUGCUGGACGGCUUCCUGGGAGUCAUCUCCUUCCUCGUCGUAGCGCUGGGCGGCGUUCUCAUCGGCGUCAUCUACGGGUUCCUUUCUGCCUUCACCUCACGCUUCACCUCCCACACCCGCGUCAUCGAGCCGCUUUUUGUCUUUGUGUACAGCUACAUGGCUUACCUGUCCGCUGAGGUCUUCCACCUGUCCGGCAUCAUGGCUUUAAUAGCCUGCGGCGCGGUGAUGCGACCUUACGUGGAGGCCAACAUAUCCCACAAGUCCCACACCACCAUCAAGUACUUCCUGAAGAUGUGGAGCAGCGUUAGCGAGACUUUAAUCUUCAUCUUUCUUGGUGUGGCGACUGUGGAUGGAAAACACCAGUGGCACUGGAUCUUCGUCACAUCGACAGUCAUCCUGUGUCUGGUUGCCCGAGUCAUAGGUGUGGUCAGUCUUACAUUCGUAAUCAACAAGUUCCGCAUCGUCAAGCUGACCACCAAAGAUCAGUUCAUCAUCGCGUACGGUGGCCUGCGAGGUGCCAUCGCCUUUUCCCUCGGCUUCCUGUUGGACUCUCACCACUUCCCCAAAAGAGAUAUGUUCCUGACGGCCAUCAUCACGGUUAUUUUCUUCACAGUCUUUGUUCAGGGUAUGACCAUCAAACCCCUGGUGGAGCUGCUGGCAGUGAAGAAGAAACAAGAGGCCAAACGUUCAAUUAACGAGGAGAUCCACACCCAGUUCCUCGAUCACUUACUGACUGGAAUUGAGGACAUAUGUGGACAUUAUGGACACCAUCACUGGAAGGACAAACUGAACCGCUUUAACAAGACGUACGUGAAGAAGUUCCUGAUCGUAGAAGAACGCUCCAAAGAGCCGCAGCUCAUCGCCUUCUACCACAAGAUGGAGAUGAAACACGCCAUCCAGCUGGUGGAGAGUGGGUCCAGACUGCCCUCUGCGAUGCCCUCCACUGUUUCCAUGCAGAACAUUCAGCCCAAGGUCCCUCCUGCUCCUACAAAGCCUGCAGAGAGAGCUCUUCCACAGCUGCGCAAAGGCCGAGAGGAGGAGAUCAGGAAGAUCCUGAGGAGCAACCUCCAGAGGACACGGCAGAGGUUGCACUCUUACAACAGACACACUCUGGUGGCUGAUCCCUACGAGGACGGACUUAAUGACCUCCUUCUGAAAAAACAAAAGAUGUUUGAGCUCGACAAGAAGAUAAAGGAGAUGACUAAUUACUUGACAGUUCCUGCUGCUGCUCCAGACUCCCCAACUCUGACUAGAGCCAGGCUGGCUUCAGGCAGACACACUGAUUUCAUACCUGCUCAACAGCAUAAAGGAAAGUCUUCAGAUCCACAAUCUUACCACGUAAGACCGAUGUCCGACAAUGUGCCAACCAUCCAGGUCGACCUGGCGUCCCCGGAGUCCCCGGAUACUUUCAACGUCGUGAACGACUCCCAACAAGCUGACAAGCAAAGAAAAGAGGAGGACCAAGGCCUGAUGAUGAAACCUCCUUCAAGUGGACCAAACAAAUCUGGUGACAAGGAGCAGCAGAAGCUAAUGAGGUGUCUGAGCGAUCCCGGACCCGGCGCAGAGGAAGACGAGGACGAGGAUGAGCCUUUCUUACCCUGAGAUAUGGAGACCAGAUCAGAUCAGAUCAGUCUACAAGUCUGCCUUUACUGUUCAGAGUGGAGAUGGAUGUGUUCAAGUGAUCUCAUUGGUUCAAAAACCAAAAUAUAAAAUGAAAAAUGAAAAGGCCAAAACUGCAACUGCUGUAGUAAAUGAAAAUUCAAAGAAAAAGGAAGAGCCUGAGGAGGAAAAAAAGAGCCAUUUGUUUAUUAUUAUUAUUAUUAUUAUUAUUAUUAUUAUUAUUAUUAUUAUUAUUAUUAUUAUUAUCGCUCUUUAUUUAGACAGGAGUGUAAAAUUCAGCUUCUCCAUCAGAGAAGCUGAUUUAGUUCUCGAUGGUCUGAGGCGUUCAGAAAAGAACUAUGCAUUACCAAAGGUUUGGACUGUUUUAGUGUUCGAUCUUUUACUUUAGUGUCCGUUUGUCUUUUUGUCUGUAAAGUCAGUUUCUGUGAGACACGUGGGGCCUCUAGACCUAAACAUAAUCACCAACAACAACAACAACAAAAAAAAAUCAUGUUUGUUCACUUUUACCGUUGCACUUUAGAUUUCACUUUUCAGGUUCUGUCACUUGAAACUGCUGGAUAUCCAAACAUUCAGAUGUAGUUGUUUUUUUUUUUACAUAUUUGGCCUUAUUUCAUAUAUAUAUAUUUUAUUUUACUAACAUUUGAUUAUAAUGGGUUAUACUUGUUUAGUCACUUUGAAACCCCGCUGUGUAAAAAAACAAACCCUGAGAUGUUUAUAGGGAGAAUGAAAGCUUGYGCCUCUGUUGACCUGAGAAAGUUUAUCUACUGUUUUAAUGUCGACUCAAGAAGUGGCUGUUGUUGGCCUUCAGGGAGUUUUAUCCUGUCAAACCAGGAGUUUGGCUGAAUGUCAGAAAGCUUUUUGCACAGACGUUUUGAUCUGCCAUCGCACAUGUUCUCCCAUCCAAGUUAAGUUCCCUGUGUUUAUGUUUGAUCAUGAUGUAGAGUGGACUCAUUAAACAAACGUCCACAAAGAGCCGUUUCCUCGGUCCACACUUUAAAUGUCUUUAUUUUAUGCUCAGUCGAACACUGCAGGCAUGUUGUGGCAAAAAAUAUAGAAUUCUAUGCAGUACAGAUAUAUAAAAUAUAUAGUAGAAUUAUAAUAAUCUCUUUUCUGAAUACCCUUUAAAAGUCAUUUUACUAAAAUGUGCAAAUCACAGCAAAGUUAAAACUCAAAACACGGGCAUUAAAAUAAACAGUCAUUUCAACAGUUUUGCAGCUUCUAUACUAACCUUAAAAAUUUGUGCAGUUUCUGAUCAUCAUCAUCGUCUUUGUUUACCUGGACACCAGCUGGAUGAAAGUAACAUUGUUUACCAGGGUUUGGAGCUGACGGACUCAGUUUACACCUUUUUAAUUACAUCACUUUUGUUCGGAUCGUUUAUCUCUUUUUCUAAAACAUUUGUUGUUAAAGGUGAACUUCAACCCUGAGAGCUCAAGUUAAAACAAUAUAAUAAUAAAAAAUAGCUUAUUUCUGGUUUUGAUCUCUGGUUACAUAGCUAAGAUUAAAAGAUCGUUUCGUUUGUGCACAUUUCUCACAUAAAUCAGUGUGUUUACAUGUGUGCUCAGGAGAGUUUUCUUUUGUGAAGACGCUGUUUUUGUGUGUUUAGUAAAUCAAGAAUGGAGCUGACCAAAUUUAAUUUUACUGGCAAAAAAUUCUGAAAAAGAAUUCAGUUCAACUUCCACUGAAACUCAUUUAAAAAGUAAACCAUGAGAAUAGUAUUGUCUGAAAAACCCUCAGUUUUCAUUGUGACAAAUSGCUUUGGGAACAUUCACGUCAACUUCUUUCAGAAAUAAAUACUAAACACUGAAAAYGAGUCUGAAAUAAGAAACUAAAUCAGUUCUGUUUUAACGUAGUCUGUUUGCGUUUUGUUGGGUUUUUUAGUUGAAAGUAAAGAAUCCGAGCGGCGGUGUAAAAGCUAAAUGUGUUCAGAUUGAACCAGAAAGAAAUCCUGAUCAUUGUUCCAAAGAGUUUAGUUUCUCUAAAGAAAAGGAAAAACUAUUUUCAUACUUUUACUUUUUCAUACCAAAUGCAUCUUUUUGGGGCAAACAUUCUCGAAGCAUCUUGGAGUAAUGUUUGGUGCAACAAAAAGAAAAAACAAAACUUUAAUCUGAAGCCAUACAGCCUUUAGAAGAACCUGUUUAAUUGUACGGUUGCAUCAGUUCUGCCUCAUUUGAAUGUUUUCAGUCAUUCGCCUUAACGUUUUUAUUUUUUUUUGUUGUUGGAUUUCUCUUUGUUACUUUACUUGAUGUGCUUUAUAUGUUCGAGUGCUUUAUUAAAAAUGCUUUAUCAGCUUUAUAGUAUAUCAAAGUUUUCUUUUCCUGUUAAAUGUGUUGUAUCUCUCA